UUUCCCCUUAGAUUUCAGAUCAAAUAAAGAAAACCCCUUGUGAAUGAAGAACAUGCAGAUGCUACUUUAGCUGAUUACUUAAAUCAAAUGAGGUGACUUCAAAUGGAUAAAGUCACAUUUUACCAUCGAAAAUUGCAGGUAGCUUGUUGGCUUUACCCUAAUGGACUGUGAGAGUUUAUUGUGAGGUGCGAUUUUUAUUCAUAUCAAUUAAAUGUUAGUAUAUUUUUAAACAUCAACUGACUCUUAUGCCUAAAAUUAUUUGAUGAAUUUAUAUUCCCCUUACUCUGAGAUAAACCGUUUAGCUUGAUCACACCAAGAAAGCAGCUUGACUUUUACAUUUGUUUUAAUUAAUUUACUUUUGGGUCAAACAAUAAGUUCUUAGUACUUUAAAGAACAGCUUUUCAUUUUUCUAGUUUAUUAAAUGGGAACUAUGGGUUUUAGGUAAUAACUCCGUAAUCGCUGGUGUGUUUAGCUUUUUGUAUUGUGACUACGACUCCCAUAAGCCUUUGCUGUACUCAUGCCCUGCUCCACUGCUGACUGAGGCUAGCUAGCCGAACUGCAGAGGUUGGGCCCUUUUCCGUUCUUUUAGGAAAGCCUAACCCACACGGAACAUAUUUUUUAAAUCGACACCAUUCUUCACGACAGGUAAACUCCCAGAAGGAAUAGUGACUGUUGGAGAAGCAGCGUGUCAUGGGGGGAGCAACACUUCCUCUGGUUUUGACCACUUUAGGGGUCUUGCUUCUGUACCGGAUCCUGACCCGCCUCAGAUCAAAUGGUUCUGUUCAGGGUUUGGUUGUCGUCAUCACAGGGGCCAGCUCCGGACUUGGAAAAGAGUGUGCUCGAGUCUUUCACGCUGCAGGUGCACGGCUUGUUGUGUGUGGAAGAGAUGCAGGUCGCCUUCAGCAGGUGGUGCAGGAGCUUACAGCAAGUACCACUGCAACUCAGAAGCAGACUUUUUCCCCCAGCACUGUUAUCUUUGACCUGGCUAAGGCAGACACUAUAGGAAAAGCUGCUGAAGAAAUCCUUAAAUGUUAUGGACACGUGGAUGUUCUUAUCAAUAAUGCUGGAAUCAGUUACCGUGGCAACAUACUGGACACCCACAUUUCAGUUCAAAGAGAAGUUAUGGAAACAAAUUACUUUGGACCCAUCUCUCUUACCCAAGCCCUGCUGCCCUCCAUGGUUCACAGACGAAGCGGUCACAUCGUUGUCAUCAGCAGCGUGCAGGGAAAGAUAGCCAUUCCUUCCAGAUCUGCUUAUGCAGCAUCCAAGCAUGCAACUCAGGCAUUUUUCGACUGUUUACGGGCAGAGAUUGAGCAGAAUGGGAUCUCAGUGACGGUCAUCAGCCCCGGGUACAUCCAAACCGACCUGUCAAUCAAUGCUGUCACCGGAGAUGGCUCCAAAUAUGGAAUCAUGGACAAAGCCACCGCGGCUGGUCAGAACCCCAGGGACGUGGCUCAUGCCGUCCUGAAGGCCGUCUGUCAGAGGAGCAGCGACGUUCUCCUGGCUGGAACGCUGCCUUCUGUGGCCGUCUACCUGCGCACGCUGUGGCCAGCGCUGUUCUUCAAACUCAUGUCUUCACGAGCUCGCAAAGAGCAGAAACUGAAGGAGAAGUGAGAAUCCCGAACUCCAGAUUAAACAUGCAGAAAGAUACUGGAUGAAUGUUGUAUGAGUGAGCGAUCAAUAAAUCUAUUUUUUUAACAUUG